AUGGCGGAGGUCGGGCAGGGCGGGAAGAAAUUUGUAUAUGUUGAGCCAUCUAGGAGAGUUAAAGAAAUACUUGAAGAGGAGCUUUAUUUUCGGAAAGAAGCAUGCCAUGUUAAACAUCCAGCUGCAGUGGCUGUGGAAGGAAUUUGGAGUGUGAAAAAGAAUUUCUCCAUUGGAAGCCUGAAGCCAGUGUCACAGAACAGAAAUGGUUUACUUUUGCAGCCUCAAUUCUACUCAAGGCAUGCAGGAAUGAAAACCAGUGAUGAAGAUGUCACAAUCCAGAGAUUACAAAAUGUUCUUGCUGACAAAAACGUGCUGCUGUGA